UGAAAAAGAUCAAGCACCGGCGAUAGAGCCUUAUAUGCACAUUGCAUGCCUGAUUGAUCCUGACUUUGAUCUCCAAAUCGGCUUACUUUCGGCCCCUUCGUUGACGACAACCGUCAGGCACCGAGAUCACAUUGUCAGUUGCAACCCGGGCCUUCAAUUAACGGCACGUGGAGCUGCAAGGACGAGGGGCUGAAAACCUGGCUGAAACUGCGUCGGGAUUUCUCUCCAGUGAGGCCAGCGACCAUCUGUCCGUCAAAAGUCCUGUCAGGACGCACAGCGUGGUCCGUUACCACCGUGGACAGCCUCGUCUGCAUUCGGCGUCGAAUUGACGCGAGAGAUAUAUUUAUCUCAUCAUACAAUCAUGCGGUGAAACGCGCUAGCCAACACCUUCCCCGGACUCCAAGCCUGCCUUCCACAGUGCGUGAACAUGUGGGACACGAUCACAGUCCCUAAGCGAACUCCCUUCUCCCAACGACACUGCGGACAUCGGCGCUCCCUGUUCUGGCCGCUGUGACAGGCAAUGAGGAGCGAUGACGGGUCGUGCUGAUCAGUGGUCGCAUCCCGUCACUGAAUGAUACACCUGAUCGCUUCUGAUCCACGGAGCACACAUCUACAGAGUGCACCGCCCGAGUGUUGAGUGCUCAGUGCCGUUUGAAACACCGUUCAAGUCAACGCGCCCGGAAGUCAACGUUUCAACGUCAACGCCCGCUGGACAUGUCAGAUUCAAGCACCAACAAGUCAACUAGUUGCAGUGCGGCAACUGUAGCUUCCGCCGACGCUUGCCUCGAUACCAACCGAACGCUGGCACAUCACAAUAAGCCUUAAAAAUAGGCGUCCAUGUUUAAGAUCAUCGUUAUUUAUGCUCGAUGCCAAAUUAAGCAGAUGAGAUUGUUAACAGCGUCAUUCCUGAACGAUUUCGGCGGCGAGUAGACACCGGUGGAUUCGUAGGACAACCUCAAAAGGCUCUGUUCGUUGUGAGCGCCACGGGAGGAUGCUAUCCAGCCUUUAUAUCGAACACAGCAGUCCAUAGUGCUCUUGACGAAAGUCGCCAGUGGCACAUUCAAGUCGUGACAGGGGCGGCCUGUUAUGCAAGGACUACGAAAGCAGUUUGACCGGGGCUUCUAAGAAAGCAAUUUCAAGUGGUCCUGAAUGUUGAAUGAGUGUCCAACCGCCGCCGCUGACCGUCAAGACCCCAACGUCGAGGAGGAUAUUGGCCUGAAUCUUCUGGGCACGUUCACUCCUACUGCAGUAUCAUCGUUCGACAGUUAGGCUACAGUUGAAACCGGAUCGAUUCCAUCCUCUGAUUCGUGCCUCCCACGGGCUUUGGAGGCCAAGGCUGGAGGUCGGGUACUUAUGGAAGCGGCCUGAGGCUGGAGGGGACACGACAAACAGUCGCAUACAAGGUGGCUCAUCAUUCACAAAUUAGGACAUUAUUCGGCCUGCGCUACUCUCAGCGUCUCCGUCCUCCCGUGCAACCGGCUUCUCCUUGUUCUCUUGCGCCUUUAUCGCUUCAGCAACCUGAGUAUCUGCCCACUUUCCGCCAAUGAGCGCAAGAGCUCCUCGCAAGGGAGAAAACUACGAGCUUAGUGUCGACCUCAAUAGUGGAUAUGCGGACAAACGCAAGGAUGCGAUUAAACGCGUCAUUGCCGCUAUGACCGUCGGCAAAGACGUGUCGGGGCUAUUCCCCGAUGUCUUGAAGAACAUGCAGACGACCGACCUGGAACAGAAGAAACUGGUGUACCUGUAUCUCAUGAAUUACGCGAAGACACAGCCGGAGCUAGUCAUCCUCGCUGUCAACACUUUCGUCAAAGAUUCCGAUGACCCCAAUCCGCUAGUCCGGGCUCUUGCCAUCCGAACGAUGGGCGUAUUACGAGCCGAAAAGAUUAUCGACUACCUAUGCGAUCCCUUGCAGAGGUGUCUACGGGACGAGAAUCCAUACGUCCGCAAAACCGCAGCCCUGUGCGUGGCCAAACUGUACGAUCUCAAGCCGGAGUUAGUGAUAGAGAAUGGGUUUCUGGAGCAGCUACAUGAUAUGCUGACGGACAGCAAUCCCAUGGUCGUCGCAAACACUGUUGCCGCGUUAACGGACAUCCACGAAGCUGCCUCUUCUCGCCCAUCGAGCUCCACCACCGACCCAGAAAUCUUCAACGUCUCCCCACAGACCCUGAACCGGCUUUUGAUCGCGCUGCCGGAAUGCUCUGAAUGGGGUCGCAUCGCGCUCCUGAACGCGCUCGUCCGAUAUGUCGCGCAAGAUGAGAAAGAGAGCGAGCACAUCUGCGAACGCGUGGUUCCGCAAUUCCAACAUGCGAACAGCAGCGUCGUGCUUGCUGCGAUCAAGGUCGUCAUGGUCCACAUGCGGGGAGUCGGACGCGAAGAUCUCAACAAACAACUGAUACGCAAAAUGGCCCCGCCGUUGGUUACGAUGCUCUCGUCGCCGCCCGAAGUGCAAUGGGUUGCCCUCCGCAAUAUCAAUCUCCUGCUGCAGAAACGACCGGAGAUUCUCUCAUCGGAAAUUCGCGUCUUCUUUUGCAAAUAUAACGAUCCGCUAUACGUCAAGAUUGAAAAGGUGGACAUUAUGGUCCGAUUAGCUCACGACAACAACGUAGAUGCACUGUUGAGCGAACUGAAAGAGUAUGCCUCUGAAGUCGAUGUUGAUUUCGUGCGCAAGAGUAUCAAAGCCAUCGGCCAGACUGCGGUCAAGAUCGACUCUGCCGCUGAGCGUUGUGUCAAUGUCCUGCUAGAGCUGAUUGCAACGCGCGUCAGUUAUGUGGUGCAGGAGGCUGUGGUCGUGAUGAAGGAUAUAUUCCGAAAGUACCCGUCCACCUAUGAGGGUGUCAUCCCCACUCUGUGCGCUAACCUCGACGAAUUGGAUGAACCCGAAGCCAAGGCUUCCCUGAUCUGGAUCAUUGGAGAAUACGCGAACAAGAUCGACAAUGCGGAUGAGCUUUUGAACAUCUUCGUGGACUCAUUUGUCGAGGAAGCGUAUGCAGUUCAACUCCAAACGCUGACAGCAGUCGUGAAGCUUUACUUGAAGAAGCCGGAGUCCUCUCAGGCCAUCGUGCAACAUGUGUUAAAUACCGCGACGAGAGAGUGUGAUUCGCCCGAUGUUCGUGACCGGGCAUAUGUCUAUUGGCGACUCUUAUCGACAGAUCCUGGCGCUGCGAAAGCCGUUGUUCUCGCCGUCCGGCCACCCAUCUCGAUACCUCAUACGACCGUAGCACCAAAGUUACUUGAAGAACUCUUGGGAGAAAUCUCCAAUCUUUCUAGCGUGUACCACAAGCCGGCGGAAACUUUCACCAACUUGGGUCCUGUGGGGAUCGACUCCAUCCAGCAAAAACGUGUCAAUCUCGCCGAAGAUGACCGCUUCUCGCAGAAAAAGGCUCUGCAGACCGUCGCUGCUGGUCAGCACGUUGAGAACCUGCUGGACUUCGACGAUGAUCCCGCUGUCGAGGGCCAGCCAACGGGAUUGGCGGCGACCGAGAUACUGGCACAGCCUGCCGCUGCCAAUCUCAUGUCCGGGAUGUCGAGCAACCCACUCGACGACCUCGUCUCGAUCUUCGCCGCCAUUCCGAGCGCACCUGUCAGCCCGCCCAUGACGAAUGGGUUCGCAAACUCGUUCAAUGCACUUUCCUCACCCGCUGCCUCGGCACCUAUGCAGUCCCCAACACACCAGCAGCAGCAGCAGCAGCCACAGGAGGAUCUCCUCGGGCUGUUCUAG